GUGUGAUGACAGCCGGACGGAAGUUAGAAGAAAAAAAAGUGUACAAAGAAAAACAUAAACAUUGCAAUGCAGUCCUAAGUAUUGCAUCUAAAUUUGAUUCCACCAUCCUUUGAAAUGCCUAGUGAAAGCGAUACAAAUGUAACCAUCGGCAGCAAAAAGCUUUGUGAUCUGGACGAAUACUCCCUGGAGCAUGUGUUUCUAUUCCUGACCGUAGCGGACCUAGAUCGGUGCGUGUUAGUUUGCAAAAAGUUCCAACACAUUAUCCAACGGUUCGUUUUUCCGAAAAAAUGUAUGCACGCGCUAGUAACCGGUUCAGCGCAAGGAGCCGCCUUAAGUCUGUACUCCUUUACGCGCCGGAAACGUGUGAAGCUCGACGAAAACUGGCGCUAUGGGCGGUAUGAGGAACGGACUUACUUUUACCACAACGUAAUGUACAUCUCGCAGUUGGCCAUCGACAGGGAGUGGGUAUACAUGACCCAUCGUGGCCGAUUACAGGCACACCGUAGGACGAAAAACCGGCAAAUGGUUGAUCAGAAGAGCGAGUGGGCGAUUGGGAUGGCACGGGAUUCCGAUUUUACGAGUCUAGUAAAAAACGGUGAUCGGUUUUUCCUUGGCCGUAUGGAUGGGAACAUCAUGAUCUACGAUCAUGAUGUAGGUAAACAGUACAUGCAAGCGAUUACAAACGAUAUUAUUAAAGCGGUUGACUUUAACACGGAUGUGUAUGCGGUUACGACGAAGAAUGAAUCAACGUAUAUCUUAACCUAUUCACCAGAAGAACUGCAUGAUCUAACCGCGGACGAUAGCGAACUGUUAAAACCUACUUUUGUUUAUCCGCAAGCUUAUGAGACAAUAAAGCUAAAUAACGCCCAACUGGCGGUAGGGAAGUUUCAUUGUGCCAGAAAGCAAGCACUCCAAUUAAUCGAUUUGUACAGCUGUACAAUUAUACAAUUAAAUUCACCUUCGAUGGCAGUUUACGAUGUGUUGUGGAUGGACGAACACUGUAUUCUUUCGGGUAAUUUUGAUACCACCAUGCGUCUAGUCGAUACGCGCACCGGAAGCGAUGAGGCCUGCUGGACAGAUCCGUACAACGCUUCGGUGUACUGUCUCUGUUACAAUGGUACGUACGCCGUACACUGCGGCAUGAAGUAUCACCACCGUGCGAACUUGUAUGAUAUCCGCGUGCCAAACCGGUGUGUUCAGAUGUAUUUUCCCUCGAAAAAGCAGCAAUACUCUCCGGUCUACAGUAUAGCGACCGACUGUAGCCAAAUGUUCCUCGUUACUGAUCAUAAUUUGCGAAUACUUAACUUCGACGCUGAUUGGGCUGUCACCAAAGACUAUGCAUCGAUUUAG